UGUUGCAUUGACAGCGCAUGAAAAGAUUGAAAACACGGGCUGCCAGCGGCCGCACAAGUAUGUCGACACGGAGACACCAAUCCUCAAACAGCCCGGGGUCAGACUACAGCUGGAGGAAACGUCGAUGUGUUUCUUGAAGGGACAAUACAUAUAAAGCUGGUCGAUAUCCGCCCUUGAUGAGAAUGAAGUGAGUGUGUGACUAUGGGCUGAAGUUUCCCGAUCCUGCACACUGACGAGCAGCUGCAGCGCUGAGAUCACUGCGCACAGUGAGGUGGAGUCCUCCGGAUUAAAAGACACAUCAGACAAAAGAAAACCGGUGACGAGUGAAUGAAAGCUGAAUAGUUAACACAAUGUGAACCAGAGAUGAUCAACUGGAUGGAAACUUUGGAGACACAACGCACCAAGAGACGUGUUUACACAAAGUGAUGUUUUUGGAGCACACAGUUCCGUGCGCCAUCAUCCAGCCACGUAAACACAGUUUUAGCACAUAGAUCAGACUUUGUAGGAUAUUUAAUAAUGUGUGAGGUGGCUAUGGAGGAGCAGGAGAGGGAGAUCUCGGACGCUGAGCCGCAGGAGCACAGCUUCGUGGCCGAGAACGGAGUCAUGCUGGUGGUGAAUCACAGCCAGGUCCGUGCGCCCCUCAGCGUCGUGUUGGCCACCGUGCUCUACUUGGCGGAGUUCAUCUCGGCCGCCGUGUUGUGCAGCAGGUACCACAAGACCGACGACUCCAUCUGGAUGGGCUGCACCAUCACCUUCAUGCUGCUGCCCGCCGUGCUCAUUCAGCUGACCCUCACCUUCAUCCACAGGGACCUGGGUCGGGACCGGCCUCUGGUGCUCUUCCUGCACCUACUGCUGCUUGGCCCACUUAUUAGGUGUUUUGAGGCCCUGGUGGUUUACUACAAAGCAGGUAAAAAGGAGGAGCCUUACGUCACCAUCUCCAGGAAGAUCAAUCUGAAGAAGGGGCAGAAGACGCCCAUGGAGUGGGAAAUCGGCCAGUCGGAGCGCAUCCUGGCCACUCACAGGAAUGCCUUCAAACGCACUGCAGUCAUCCAGGCGUUUCUGGGCUCCACCCCUCAGCUGACGCUCCAGCUGUACGCCAGCAUCCAGGAGAAAUACUUCCUCCUCCCCGUCAGAUUAACUCUGAUGAUCAUCACCCUGAUCUCCAUCACAUACGGGGCACUCGUGUGCAGCGUUCUGGCCAUACAGAUCAGAUACGACGACUACAAGGUGCGGUUGCGCCCGGGUGCCUACUUGUGCUUGAUUGUGUGGAGAGGAAUGGAGAUUGCCACCCGGGUCACUGCUCUGGUCCUCUUCAGCACGGCGCUCACCUACUGGGUGAUACUUGUCGGCGUGGUUAACCUGCUUUUCUUCUUCUUCCUCCCCUGGGUGGAGUUCUGGUCCAAAAAAGGUUCGCUGACUGAGAACAUUGAGAAGAACUUCUCUAAGCUGGGCACCACCGUGGUGCUGUGCAUGUUCACUUUGCUCUACGCCUGCAUCAACGUCUUCUGCUGGUCAGCGGUGCAGCUCGACCUCUCCCAUCGAGAGCUCAUUGAGCGGAAGCAGCACUGGAACCGCCUGGCCAUGUACUAUGGUGGCCGCUUCAUUGAAAACUUCCUCCUCAUGACGCUGUGGUACUUCUUCCAGUCGGACUUCUAUGAGUAUGUGUGCGCCCCGAUGCUGGGCGUGCAGCUGCUGGUCUGCUACAGCUUGGCCGUGCUCUUCAUGCUGCUCUUCUACCAGUUCUGCCACCCCUGCAGACGCCUCUUCAAGUACAACGUCCACGACUGCCUGGGCUGCGUCUGCUGUUGUAAACGGAGACGCAGGGAGAGAGGGGGGAGACGAGGGGAGAUGCCCCCUUCGUACUCCACCGCUGCCACCAUGGUGAUGACGUUAGAGGAGCCACUGCAGCUGCUGGACCCCCAAAACUCACAACCCCCCGACCUCAACGGCCACCAGGAAGAGCGGGAGACAGCUAUCGUUGAUGACAUUAUGGAAGCUGCCUGAGAGGGGAUUUUUUUGGGAUAUUCAGAAGUCAUCUAAUGUAGAAAUGCAUCCUGGGAGUAGCACAAGGCAUGAUGGUGCUGGUGCUGCAGGGCUCCUGAACAAAGUCUCGGCUGGUUCAACAUAGAAACCAGAGUCAUUUAGUGUUUUUGAGUGUCGGAGAACAAACUUUUGCCUUGUUUCUAUGAAGUGUACAAAAUUGAAAUCAUUCAUGGUUUGCGAGGGAUUUAUUCCUGAUGCCUUUUAUUGGGGAUGAUUAUGUACACUUAGGGCACCUUGAGGCCCCUGUAAACCAAAGAAUGUAGCAUGCUGAGUUAUGCAGCAAUGCACAAAGGCCGCCUUGAGAGAGCAGCAGCGGGUCAGGUAAAGGACUGAGCCAGGUGUGUGGGAAAUGUGCCAACUGUGUCCCAACUGAAAGACUGAACGGGACACCCUCAGCGCACUUCCUCUCAGGGUUUUCACACCUUCCUAUAACGUUUGCAUCUGCACUAAAUAGACUCGAACACAGCAGAAGGGGGAGGAAAAAGUCAGAAGAAGAUAUUUAUCUUUCUCAUACAGCUGCAUACACCUGCUGUGAUGAAUGCCUUGUGUUGUUCACUGUCCGGUCUAGUUGCCUCAAUUUAAAAAACAAUAACAAAACAGGUUUUAGUUUUGCAUAAAUAAAACAUGAAAAUAUUUGAAAAGAUUCUGUCGAAAACAGACUUUUAAAGCCUUUAGCAAAUAUCAGGUGUGUGUCCUCUGUAACAUGAAACUAAUACAGAAUUUAACCUGUGUUUGAUGUUGCAUUAACAAGACUGGUACUGAAUGAGCUUCUGCUUAAUUGAAGUGCUUUCACAGUUUUUCCUAUUUUUUAUGUGUUGUCUUGUUGGUUCAGUGCCUUGACUACUGUAUUACUUGAAAUAAAUAAAACA